AGAUCAGCAGAGUGUGCAUUCUCACAGUUCAGACGGCACGCAAUUCCCAUCAUGCUAUGCUGAUGCCUGAUUUGGGAUCUUCUACCGGCCUGUGACAGGCGCAGAGCAUGCCUCCGUCUGAUUUCACCUCGCCGCGGAAGACACAUCACCUCGCUCCAUGUAUCCCGAGUGUUCGCCAACGCCGGCCGAAGAGCGUUUCGUCAGCACCGUUCGGGACUUUGCAUCUCCCGACAGACAAAGCCUCCAGCCUUCAGUCCAGCGGAGGUACGCUUUCCGUCCACCUAGUCCAUGCUGCCGUAACGCAGCCGACACCAGCAGACCUGUUGAGCGUCCUGCCAACGCCAUUCGGAACCGAGCGCCAACUCCGGGACCAUGUCGUCGAAAACCCUCCACUCGACUCGUCACUCGAGAGGCUGGCGGCAAGGCUGUCGUACCAGGGGGAAAGCCAAAUCAAAGAACACCACACGAGUCGGAGUCCUCUCCAGCGCUCCGCCCAAGUAAAUGGCGGCGAGCUUAGGCAGCUUGCUCACCGCAAAGGCUUCUGGACUACAUUGCAAUGCGCCUUGCAAGUGUCAAAGUGGAAUACGAGCAUCACAAAGAGAGAUUGCAUUCUCGCGAAGCACACGAAGUCUACCGACAGCCUCAUCCAGGGUGCGAAAGCAGUCUCCGCCGAGCGAGAACUCCGUCGGGAUCCGUCCGCUCCUGGCACAGUCACGACAUCAACCUACACCGCUCCGGUCAUUGCAAUUCCUGCGGAGCCAUCAACGCUCCUCCUGGAACAAGUGUGCACUACGUCCCCUACGUCGGAGGACACUACCAGCUUGGAAGCCAGUACGGGACCGCUUUACGCCCGCCGAGAUAUGUCUCGCAGCCCACCUGGGUUCCAGUGCUUGCUCAUUCCAUGGAGAGACUGCGGAGCUCCAGCGCUCAAUACUCCGGGUGCUCAUUACCAAGAGCACGUGGGGCGUCAUGCGAAAGCUUCAGCGUCUCCGUCACAGCACCGUCGCGGAAAGCUCGGCAAUCGAAUAGCGACAUGUCUUUGGCAACCGUCCAGCGGCCGGAACCUGGAAGCGAAGUGUCAGAACUGUACGCAAGCACUCUGCAAGACUACCAAGAGCGACACGGUCAGUCGGCAUUGCGAGAGAGAAGAGCAGGCCGUAAGCCCAUUGUGUAUCGGCACAGCGUAUGUUGAGGACUGGAAUGACCAGAGUGACAGCUCCAGCAGCGCUGAUGGGAGUGAGUGUGAUGAGGGUUUUCAUGACACUCCGAUGACCAGUCCAUGCUCCGCACCACAGAAGCGUAGUGACUGCCUCCAACGUUCCUCUCCUUUGGAAAGCUGGUGUCCGUGGAUUGAUGGUCAGGCGGAUGUACGGCGGGACCAUGGCGAGGAUCAGAUCCCGAUCGAUGCAAGCAUUGAACAGGAUGAUGAAACAGGUUGUGAGCUGGAUUUUCUGGAUUAGGAGUUCCGCGCGGACCGUCACAGCUCUGCUGAAGUAAAUGAGGCCGAGGAUGGCGACGUACUUCCUCCGAGCAGAGACAGCGGGACUAGCUCACCAGCAUGCCCACUU